AUGUCAGGGAGUGCGGGAUACGACCGGCAUAUCACUAUCUUCUCUGACCGAGGUCGGCUGUACCAAGUUGAAUAUGCAUUCAAGGCCAUCACAGCCGCCAACAUCAUGGCAGUAGGCGUCCGCGGCAAGGACUGCGCCGUUGUCCUGUCGCAGAAGAAGGUGCCUGACAAGCUUAUCGAUCCCUCGUCAGUCUCGCACAUCUUUCAGAUCUCGCCCAAGGUCGGUUGCGUCAUAACCGGCUCAAUAGCCGAUGCUAGGGCUUUUGCCCAGCGUGCCCAAGGCGAGGCCGCCGAGUUCCGGUACAAGUACGGUUACGAGAUGCCAUGCGACGCCUUGGCCAAGAGACUGGCAAACAUCAGCCAGGUCUACACACAGAGGGCAUACAUGAGGCCAUACGGUAUCGCCACGACGUUGGUCUCGGUGGACGAGGAGUACGGCCCACAACUAUUCAAGUGCGACCCAGCCGGCUACUACACAGGAUACAAGGGCACCGCGGCAGGUCCAAAGCAGCAAGAGGCUCUGAACCACCUGGAGAAGAAGCUUAAGAACAAGGACUAUGCCGAGGGCAACUGGGAGGAGGUUGUGGAGCUGGCCAUCACUACACUCAGUACCGUGCUCAGCAUGGACUUCAAGAAGACUGAGAUCGAAAUUGGCAUCGUCGGCGGUCCUCGGCUUGACGGACAAGAGGGCACGAACCCGAACUUCAGGAAGUUGACCGAGGACGAGAUUGAUGAGCGGCUACAGGCGAUCGCCGAGAAGGACUAA